UGAGCGAGGAAAAACGGGAGACGGUGAGAGAGAAAAUACGAGCAUCGGCUGGAGGAAUUUUACAGUUUUUUUUUUAAAUUGUUUUAGGAUUAUCGAACGAGGUGGUCAUUUGCAAUGGAUCACCAACGAUGAGGAGUGUGCCAUUGUGUUCCAGCUGACGGACUGAAUCAUGGCUCAGUUUCCAACACCUUUCGGAGAAGCACAGCACGGUGAGAGUGGGGGUCUGGAUGCCUGGGUCAUCUCCGUAGACGAGCGGGCCAAACAUGACCAGCAGUUCCACAGCCUGGCCCCCACCCCCGCCGGCUUCAUCACAGGCGACCAGGCCAGGAACUUCUUCCUCCAGUCCGGCCUGCCUCCUCCCAUCCUCGCACAGAUAUGGGCCCUGGCUGACAUGAACAACGAUGGGAAGAUGGACAUCCACGAGUUCUCCAUCGCCAUGAAGCUGAUCAAGCUGAAGCUGCAGGGGCACCCUCUGCCCCCCUCGCUGCCCCCCGCCAUGAAGCAGCCGCCCAUCGCCCUGCCCCCGGCCCCGCCCUUCGCUAUGGGAGGUAUGCCCCCGAUGCCAAACCUCCCAGGGGUACCCCCUGUGCCCCUCCCUCCUCUAGCAGGGGUGGGCAUGUCCCCCCCUCUCGUGUCAUCAGUGCCCCCGCCUGUGCCCCCCAUGGCCAACGGAGCACCCGCCAUGAUCCAGCCCCUGCCCGGCUUCACACACCCAGCCACGGCGCUAAACAAAAGCUCCUCUUUCAACCGCUCCAGUGUCAAGUUGCAGAAGGGACAGUCGUUUGAGACGCCCAGUGCCCCGGCAGCGCCGCCGCCUACAGACUGGGCCGUCCCGCAGUCCUCCCGGCUAAAGUACCGCCAGCUGUUCAACAGCCACGACAAGAUGAUGAGCGGACACCUCACAGGGCCUCAAGCGAGAACCAUCUUGAUGCAGUCCAGUUUACCACAAGCCCAGCUGGCGUCCAUCUGGAACCUGUCGGACAUCGAUCAGGACGGGAAGCUGACGGCGGAGGAGUUCAUCCUGGCCAUGCACCUGAUCGACAUGGCCAUGUCCGGCCUGCCGCUGCCCCCGGUCCUGCCCCCCGACCUCAUUCCCCCGACCUUCAGAAGAGUCCGCUCAGGCAGCGGGAUCUCGGUGGCCAGCCUGCACGUGGUCGACCAGCGGGUAUCAGAGGAGCCGGAGGAGGAGGAACAACAGAACGCAGAUAAGAAGCUGCCAGUGACGUUCGAGGACAAGAAGCGGGAGAACUUCGAGCGGGGGAACCUGGAGCUGGAGAAGCGGCGGCAGGCCCUGCUGGAGCAGCAGAGGAAGGAGCAGGAGAGGCUGGCCACGCUGGAGAGGCAGGAGCAGGAGCGGAAGGAGCGGGAGCGUCUGGAGCAGGAGAGACGCCGCCAGCAGGAGCUGGAGAAGCAGCUGGAGAAGCAGAGGGAGCUGGAGAGGCAGAGGGAGGAGGAGAGGCGCAGGGAGAUCGAGAGGAGAGAGGCGGCGAAGCGGGAGCUGGAGCGCCAGAGGCAGCUGGAGUGGGAGAGGAACCGGCGGCAGGAGCUGCUCACCCAGAGGAACCGCGAGCAGGAGAACAUCGUGCUGCUCAAGGCCCGAAAGAAGACGCUGGAGUUCGAGCUGGAGGCCCUGAACGAUAAGAAGCAGCAGCUGGAGGGGAAGCUCCAGGACAUCCGCUUCCGCCUGUCGGCGCAGCGGCACGAGAUCGAGAGCACCAACAAGACCCGCGAGACGCGCAUCGCCGAGAUCACGCACCUCCAGAGGCAGCUGCAGGAGUCCCAGCAAUGGCUGGGCCGUCUGAUCCCGGAGAAACAGUGUCUGAACGACCAGCUGAAACAGGUCCAGCAGAACAGCCUGCACAGGGACUCCCUGACGACGCUGCGCAAAGCCCUGGAGGUGAAGGAGUCGACCCGGCAGCAGCUGCGGGAGCAGCUGGACACGGUGGAGCGGGAGACGCGGUCCAAACUGCUGGAGAUCGACGCCUUCAACAAUCAGCUCAAGGAGCUGAGGGAGAUCCACAACAAGCAGCAGAGGCUGAAGCAGAAGGAGCUGGAAGCGGAGGCGCCGGAGCCGGAGCUGGAGAGCAGGGCCCCGGACUCACAGGAGAGCAGGUUAGAGCCUGUGGGAGAUGGCGGGUCGUCCGUGUGGGGGGAGCCAGGUGGGGAGGAGCCCCCCACCCUGCCCUCGCAGGCCUGGAUGACGCGGGUGGCGGCGGAGGACGGGCAGAGCAAAAACGACAUGCAGGACAAGCUGAACAAGCUCUUCAUGCAGACCCCGGAGGCUGGCAAGCCAGCGGCUCAGUCGCCCUGGCCUACGGGAGAGAAGGUCCCUGUGUCAGGCUUCACCCAGGACAAAGUGAAGGUGGUCUUCUACAAAACACUGUACCCCUUUGAAGCGCGCAGUCACGAUGAGAUCACCAUCCAACCCGGUGACAUCGUCAUGGUGAAAGGGGAGUGGGUUGACGAGUCCCAGACGGGCGAGCCCGGUUGGCUGGGCGGGGAGCUGAAGGGAAAGACGGGCUGGUUUCCCGCCAACUACGCCGAGAAGAUCCCCGAGUCGGAGGUCCCCGCUGGCCUGCGAGCGACGGCUGUCCAGGGGUCCGUCCCCAAGCUGGGCACCCACGCGCCGCCCACCCCCGCCGCCGUCACACCCACGCCCGCGCAGCCUCCGCCCGCCGAGGCCACCCCGCCCCCCGCCGCCACGACGACCGCCGCCACCCCCGCCGCCGCCUCCACCUCAUCCUCCUCCUCCAGCAACUGGGCAGACUUCAGCACUACGUGGCCGUCCACAGCGGAGAAGACGGAUGGGGACGGCUGGGACGCCUGGCCCACGCAGGCCUCCCUCUCGGUCCCCAGCGCGGGACAGCUGCGUCAGCGCUCCGCCUUCACCCCCGCCACCCUCACAGGCUCCUCCCCGUCGCCCGUCUUGGGACAGGGGGAGAAGGUGGAAGGUCUCCAGGCUCAGGCGCUCUACCCCUGGCGUGCCAAGAAGGACAACCACCUGAACUUCAACAAGAGCGACGUGAUCACGGUGCUGGAGCAGCAGGACAUGUGGUGGUUCGGGGAGGUGCAGGGCCAGCGGGGCUGGUUCCCCAAGUCUUACGUCAAGCUAAUCUCGGGCCCCGUGCGCAAGUCCAUGAGCAUUGAGUCGGGGUCGUCGGAUAGUCCCCCCAGCGUGAAGAGGCCCACACCCUCCCCUAGCAAGCCGGUGGAAGCCGGGGAAGAGUUCAUAGCCAUGUACACGUAUGAGAGCAAUGAGCAGGGUGACCUGACGUUCCAGCAGGGAGACGUGAUCGUGGUGACAAAGAAGGAGGGGGACUGGUGGACCGGGGUGGUGGGGGACAAGACCGGCGUCUUCCCCUCUAACUACGUCAAGCCCAAGGACGCAGAGGCCCUGGGACCCGCCGGGAAGACCGGGAGUCUGGGAAAGAAGCCAGAGAUCGCCCAGGUGAUUGCCCCCUACACGGCCACGGGGCCGGAGCAGCUGACCCUGGCUCCUGGCCAGCUCAUCCUCAUCAGGAAGAAGAACCCCGGGGGCUGGUGGGAAGGGGAGCUGCAGGCCCGAGGAAAGAAGCGUCAGAUUGGCUGGUUCCCAGCCAAUUACGUGAAGCUGCUGAGUCCCAGCACCAGUAAGACCACGCCCACAGAGCCCACGGCACCCAAAUUGCCGGCACCCAAUGCAGUGUGCCAGGUGAUCGGCAUGUACGACUACAUCGCGCAGAACGACGACGAGCUGCCUUUCGGGAAGGGCCAGAUCAUCACCGUGCUGAGCAGGGAGGACCCCGACUGGUGGAAGGGGGAGCUGAACGGCUCCGUGGGCCUCUUCCCCUCCAACUACGUCAAGCUGACCACCGACACGGACCCCAGCCAGCAGUGGUGCGCUGACCUGCACCUGCUGGACAUGCUGAGCCCCACGGAGAGGAAGAGGCAGGGCUAUAUCCACGAGCUGAUCGUCACCGAGGAGAACUACGUGAAUGACCUGCAGCUGGUCACCGAGGUGUUCCAGAAACCGUUGCUGGAGUCAGAGCUGCUGACAGAGAAGGAGGUGGCCAUGAUCUUCGUCAACUGGAAGGAGCUCAUCAUGUGCAAUAUCAAGCUGCUCAAGGCCCUGCGGGUGAGGAAGAAGAUGUCGGGCGAGCGCAUGCCGGUGAAGAUGAUCGGCGACAUCCUGACGGCGCAGCUGCCCCACAUGCAGCCCUACAUCCGCUUCUGCAGCUGCCAGCUCAACGGCGCCACCCUCAUCCAGCAGAAGACCGACGAGGUGCCCGACUUCAAGGAGUUCGUCAAGAGGCUGGCCAUGGACCCGCGCUGUAAGGGCAUGCCGCUGUCCAGCUUUCUGCUCAAGCCCAUGCAGAGGGUCACGCGCUACCCCCUCAUCAUCAAGAACAUCCUGGAGAACACACCCGAGAGCCACCCGGACCACAGCCACCUGAAGCAGGCCCUGGAAAAGGCCGAGGAGCUGUGCUCACAGGUCAACGAGGGUGUGCGGGAGAAGGAGAACUCGGACCGGCUGGAGUGGAUCCAGGCCCACGUCCAGUGCGAGGGGCUGUCUGAGCAACUAGUCUUCAACUCCGUGACCAACUGCCUGGGGCCUCGAAAGUUCCUGCACAGCGGCAAGCUCUACAAGGCCAAGAGCAACAAGGAGCUGUACGGCUUCCUGUUCAACGACUUCCUGCUGCUCACGCAGAUCAUCAAGCCCCUGGGCUCCUCAGGCUCCGAUAAGGUCUUCAGCCCCAAGUCCCACCUGCAGUACAGGAUGUAUAAGACUCCCAUUUUCCUGAACGAGGUGCUGGUCAAGCUACCCACCGACCCCUCAGGGGACGAACCGAUCUUUCACAUCUCCCACAUCGACAGAGUCUACACGCUGCGGGCCGAGAGCAUUAACGAGAGGACAGCUUGGGUGCAGAAGAUCAAGGCAGCGUCAGAGCUCUACAUUGAGACGGAGAAGAGGAAGAGGGAGAAGGCUUAUCUUGUACGGUCCCAGAGGGCCACAGGCAUUGGGCGACUGAUGGUCAACAUCGUGGAGGGCAUUGAGCUGAAACCUUGUCGUUCCAACGGGAAGAGUAACCCGUACUGCGAGGUCACGAUGGGCUCCCAGUGCCACAUCACCAAGACGCUGCAGGACACGCUCAACCCCAAGUGGAACUCCAACUGCCAGUUCUUCAUCAAAGACCUGGAACAGGACGUCCUGUGUGUGACGGUGUUCGAGAGGGAUCAGUUCUCCCCUGAUGACUUCCUGGGCAGAACAGAGAUCCGACUGGCGGACAUCAAGAAGGACCAGGGUUCCAAGGGCCCGAUAACCAAGCGGCUGCUGCUCCACGAGGUUCCAACUGGUGAGAUCGUGAUACGGCUGGACCUGCAGCUGUUUGAUGAACCCUAGCCCGCGCUCCCGCGGGCCUCGUUCUCUGUCGUCUCCGGGUCCCAACAUUCCGAUUUGGGUUCCGAGAUGCUCCCGACUCCCCGCCUCAGUGUUCUUAAUCCCUGUCCUCGUGUCAUAAUCCCAUUUGUACCGCCUCCAGUGAUGCGUGUAAGU